AUGGCCCCAACGCGCGGACAAGAAGCCAAGCUCGCGGCCGGCAAAAGACAGCGCGAGAAGGACAAGGACAAGGAGCGGAUGUCGGGCAAAGAUGGCGACCGUCAGCUGGAGGCGCGUCCCGACGAGUCCGGCCCUAUCCCUGUCGCGGGGUCCGCUCUGGACCGCAGAGGCUCUCGUCCGAAGGCGCCCUGGCCUCUCGACACCUUCUUCGGCCAUGCAUCCGCGCGCCUCUUCGGUGGCAGCGGCAGCAGCGGCAAAAGGGAGGAUGCCACUCUCACCCCGGCAUCCCAGGCCGCGGCACUACACAGCGAUCAGCGCCGCCUUUCGAUUCCUGGCAGGCGGUCUUCUUCAUCCUCGUCUUCCUUUAGCGAUCCCCUCCGGAUCGAGGCCGACAAGCAGCUGUCGCCGCAGCUCUCCGACCUGCCAGUGACACCACCCGAUUCGGGCAUGUCCGACUUUCAGCUACCCGCCGUCGCCGACCUCGAUGAUGCGCCUUUCCAGGGCAAGGAGCGGGGAUCCAAUGGCCAGGCCUCUCUCGCUCGUUUUAUGGACGGGCGGAAGGAAUCCGUGGAAGACCCCGCCAAGACCCCUCCACCCGUCAAGCCGCCAAGCAAGAAUGACAUCUUCAACAGCCGGUCGGUGUGGAUCGCUCCUGCGCCCGCACCGCCGCCCGCGCUGCCGGUGGAUCGAUCGUCGUCCGGGAGAGGACCGAGCAUUUCUGAGAGCCCCGCGUCGCCACCUACCGCCGCCGCGCCUCGCACUGCCUCCAAGACAUCCCUCUUCUUCGCAUCGUCGUCAACCCCGACCGUCACGCCACCUCCUUCGGCAUCUCGCUCGCGUGCCUCGGCCGACCUCCCAUCGUCAUCCGCCUCGCAGGCCGCAUCACCACAAGGAACCGAGCCGUCGUCGUCAGCCCUUAAGACGACCGCUGCCGGCCAGCUGCCAGCCGAAGGGAUCGGUGGGGGAGGCCGUCCCACGGGCGGUCACUCGCGCAAGUCGUCGCUGGGCCGCGCCAACACCGAGGAGCGGGAGCGCGAGGAGGCGCGCAUCCGCCAGGCCAAAGACGUCGAGUUCCGCCUCUGCCCGUCGCGCGAGUUUCUCCUCGGCGAAGGGCGCCACUGCAACGUGUUCCUGGGUUCGUACUACUCCAAGCGUAAGCAGGCCGAGUCGGACCCGGGCUCGCCCGGCAGGUCGGCCGGAUCGCUAAGGGCCAGGCUCGACCUCAAGGGGCCGCACUGGAAGCUGUGUGCCAUCAAGCGGCUCCAUGCCGACCGACAGAGCCAGCUGCUUGGCCUGGACGAGGCUUUCGCCCUGCGAAGGCUGGGCGCGCAUCCCAACAUCAUCCGACUCAUUGACAUCCGUGACGAGGUCGAAUUCACGCCUUCGCCCCAACCCUCGCCCAGGGCCCCGCCCAGGGACAUGCUGUCCGAUCUCGGCAAGGGGCUGCCGAGCGCUCGCAGCGGCGGUGCUGCCCGAGCUGGCAAUGUUUCAACCGCUGCCGGGCGCGAGUUGAGCGAGUCGACCGCACCCUCCUCACCGCAUUCUCAUGGGCGCUCGACCAGCGACAUGACCGGCAAGGCCGAGGUCUUGUCCGAGGCGCGGACGCUGAAGCGAGCGCUCGCCGCGCAGACAGAGGCAGAGGUGGCCGGUGAUUGGGAAAACGACUCCGCGACGCUAGGCAAAGCCAGCGCCGCUCGCAAGACUGGUUCGCUCAGGGUCGAGAGGAGAGGGCCUCGCCAUUCGGAGGUGCCAACGCUGAAAAUCGCCUCCCCGGAAAAGGACAGGCUCGACCUCGGCCGUUUCGGUGCUGAGGGUCAGGAUGCCAGUGGCGAUGCUUCGCGAGCUUCGAGCAGCCCCUUGCUGCCGCCAGCGUCGGCCGGUGCCGCCGACACUCCUCGACUGCUGAUCCUCCUAGAGCUGCUGCCGAAUAGCUUGGCCAACUACACCCGCCUGCAUCCGGAGCGCGUCGACUUGGAGCAGUGGCACUGCUGGGCGCGCGAGAUGACCAGCGCGGUGGCCUGGCUCCACGACCGCGGGUGCAUCCACGCCGACCUCAAGAAGGAAAACAUGCUCCUGACCGAUGAGCUGACCAUCAAGCUGUGCGACUUCAACUCGGCCGUCUUUCCCAACCCCGCCGAUCCGCCCACCGACGGCAUGGGGCUGGGCACGCCGGCCUACGGCGCUCCCGAACUGAGCCGCGCAACGGGCGGGCCUGGCGCCAGCUCCUUUUCGUUUCCCAUCGACAUCUACUCGCUGGGUGCGGUGCUCUACUCGCUUGCGACCGGCGUCGAGCCCUUCAGCAACGCCCGCAGCGUCAUCGAGAUCCUCCAGCGCAAGCGGGCGUUUUUUGAAUCCGAAGAAAACAGCCGCGCCGAUCGCCUGGCCGUCGAGGCCGGCGGCAGCAGCAACCCAGCCAGCUCGCCCGCCAGCCGGAGCAACAGCAUGCGAGGCCGGCGCAGCGAGCGCGGCGGGGACGACUCGUCCUUCUGCCUGUCGCCGGGCGCCAUCUCGCGCUCUCUGGCGGCGCUGACCAUGCCCAGCAGCCCGAUCUCGGCCAGCGGCGGCGGCAGGAACGCCAGCACCGACAGCCUUGAGAGUGUCGCAUCCAGCAUCACGACAAUAUCCGGGCGGAACCCGUCGCCGUACGCCAUCGCUUGCCUCCUCGAUCCUUCGCCGGAGCCGAGGGGCCUGCUGGUCAACGAGAACGAGGCGCCGCGAAAGGGGCUCUUGUCGCCCAUCCUGACGCAGCAGUCUGGCGUGGAGCGCAGGGCCUCGAUGGGCCGGCUGCAGCAGAAGAACCCCGCGUCGUCGUUGAGGCUGCGGACGGCGCAGUUGGGCGACGAGGCGGAUCGAGGCAAGCCCGCCCGAUCCGCGGGCACGCCAAUCUCGAGCAGGCUCAGCGUCCCCUUUGCUGCCCGUCCAGAUGUGCUCCGUCGCGCCUCGUCGUUUGGCGAUGGCGUCCAGCCGGGAUCCGAGACUGUGUCGGCUCACAACGCCGGCAGCAGCCACCAUCCGGGCCCGACCGCCCUGCCCUCGAGGAUCGACGAGAUCUCGUCACCCCCGAUGCGUCCGAGCGGCCUCCGCGCAGCCCUCACUCCUUCGGAUCUGGACCUCGACGCCGACUUGCAGACGCCCACAAGGGAAGCGGGCGCGUCUCCGCUGCCGCCGUGGGAGGUGCGAAGCCGCCAAACAUCAUCGACGACAUCAGUCCAGCACCCCGAGGCCGAGCAAACAAGCGCCAAAGCCACCGGAGGGCCCCGCAUGUCGGACGACCUCGACGACGACUAUCGGGUGGACCUGCGGCCGUACGCCGAUGGCCAUCCCGCCCUGAUCCUGGCCGGAGGCGGCAGGCUGCCGGACGAAGCGCGGGACUUGCUCCGUUCGAUGGUCAAGGCCUCGCCGCAGGCCCGGCCCACCGCCCGCGAGGUCUUUGACGCCCUGCAGCGUAUGUAG